UUUCUCGUUUCAUAACCUCAAAUUACACAACUUGUCUCCUCGCGUAAACACUGAAAUUACGAGAAAAUGUGACGAAAACCACCGCCGACAAUGAGUGCCACACACAAACCCAUCCAACACAGAGCGAGUUUCUUCAGCCAAGUGAAGUACGAACAUCUCAUAGCCGGAUUAUCGGGUGGGGUAGCUUCUACCCUCGUUUUGCACCCCCUGGAUGUGAUCAAACUCAGAUUUGCAGUGCACGAUGGAAGACAAACCACCACCAAGUACAAGGGCAUAAUCAACGCCUUCGCCACCAUACGAAGGCAAGAAGGAAUCAGGGGGCUGUACCAAGGAGUCACCCCUAAUGUUUGCGGGGCAGGUGCCUCCUGGGGGCUCUAUUUCUUGUUUUACAACAGUCUGAAGACGUGGAGGCAAAGAGGCAAUGAGGAUGAGAAGCUGGGUGCAGGGACACACCUGGUGAUUGCCUCAGAGGCUGGUUUGGUGACUUUGCUGAUAACCAACCCUUUGUGGGUGGUGAAAACGCGGUUGUGCCUACAAAACUAUGGCCCCGCACAGAGGUACAAUGGGAUGGUGGACUGCCUAGUGAAGAUAUACAGGGCAGAUGGUUUCAAAGGGUAUUACAAGGGGCUGCUACCUGGUAUUUUCGGUGUGUCCCACGGAGCUGUACAGUUCAUGGUGUACGAAGAAUUAAAAAAGUACUACAGCCAUUAUUACAAUCAACCAAUCAGUACCAAGUUAGGUACUGUGGAGUACUUGACCUUUGCAGCUACCUCAAAGCUGGUGGCAGCUGCUUUGACUUAUCCCUAUCAGGUUGUGAGGGCCAGGUUGCAGAAUAUCAGCAUUACUCCUAUGAGGGGGCUGUGGAUUGUAUCAGGAGGACUUGGAGGUACGAGGGUUGGAGGGGGUUUUACAAGGGUUUGGGCACGAAUUUGGUCAGAGUGACUCCUGCCACUAUGAUUACUUUUGUUACUUAUGAGAAUGUUUCUCAUAUGCUGCUUCAGCUAUGACAUAAUGAUCCUCAUUUUUAGAUCAUUUGCAAUGAACAAAAAAUAUUAUUUUUCAUUCAGGUUACCAACUAAGAGUGAUAGGUAUAAUUUGAAGUUUUUAGUUGUUACUUUGUUUCUAUUAAUAUAAGUAGAACAUUUUCUUUAUUUGUUUUUAUGGAUAAACUUUAUUGAUAUUUGCUGCAAUGUGAUAUUAUUUUAUCAAUAAUCACCAGUGUUAUAUGUGUAGAAACUACUAAGGUCAACUAGUCAUUCCAAUAAAAAAAUGUUCAAGACCAU